AUGCGGCGGCAGAGCAGCAACAGGAACCAAGGGGCCAAAGCAGGGGAUCAAGUAGCAACGACAAUACAACAAAUGGCUAAUAUUUUAGCGCAAUUGUUCCUUGGAGGGCCUGAUCCAGAGACCGAUGAGCAUUGGUUGGAGGCUAUGGUUGAUAUUUUUAUGGCCUUGAAUUAUACGGAGGAAAGACAAGUGGCAUUUGCUGUCUUUCAGUUUGAGAGACCCGCUCUGGCGUGGUGGAAUGUUAUUAGGGCAAAAUGGGAGAGAGAACAUACAGCAUGGAUUUGGGUAAACUUUAUGAGAAAGUUUAAUGAGAAAUACUUCCCACCUCUAGUCCAAGAGAAGAGAGAGGAUGGUUUUGUUAGGUUACGUCAGAAAACCUUAAGCGUAGCCGAAUAUGAAACCCAAUUCACUAAAUUAUCUAAAUUUGCUCCUGAACUAGUGCUUACGGAGCAGAGGAGGGUGAGACGGUUUAUACAGGGGUUGAAUCUGGAGAUCCAAGAAGCUUCAGCAGCUGCUUGA